AUGGAACAGCUCAAUUCUGCUCUCACAAGUGGAAAGAUUGAAACAAAAAUCAACUGGGAUGGCUAUGACAAGGUGGAGAUGCCAACUGUUGGUCCACACAUUCUGCCACACCCUCUUACAAUGCUCGGAUUGUUUGUCAUCUUCAAGAAGUUUGGACCCAAAGAGGCAGAGCCAUUUAUUCUUCUUUUGAGUAAGAAGAAGAUCAACCAGAAGAAGAAAGAGUUGGUGGAUGACACCACAGAUUACCUGACAUCCAAUGACAUUAUUGUGUCUGCUCUCUGUGAAGCCAUGCUGGAUGAUGCCACUGUCCACACUCAAGCUGUGAACAUGAGGUACAAACUGGAUGAUUUAGGGCCCAAUGAUGCUGGCAACUACCUUCUCAUAUCGACUCUGGGCGCCAAAGAGGCAGCUGGUAAUCCCAAUGUUGUACACAAAGUGAAUGCCUUGGGUCGGAGCAACAUGAAUCCGUGGCAAUCCUCCUUGCCGCUUUCUCGAGGCAAGGUUGUCUGCAACAGCAACUGGACUGGUCUGAAAUGCGUACUGGAUGGAACCAUUGCGCAUGUCCCUUUGAAGGGUUUUGUCCGUACCAGAUUUCGUUCCAAUGGGUCCUCAUACUUCACCAUUAUCUUUGAGUAUGACAGUGAAGCCUUGGGAUUUGUGACGAACUGCCCCUGCAACAGCAGUGGAUUGCUGGAGUCUAUCCUGUUGGACUGA